AUGCGCCGCAAGGACGACCGCUGCGAGGCCUUUUCGGACGGCAUCCACCCCGAGGCUGCCCAGCGUGGCACCACCAACGGUCGCCGCAACCAGCAGUCCCGGGAGCAACUGUACAGCAUGCCCCCGCGGCUCUGCGACGAGAUCGUGGCGGCGGUCAAGCUACUCCCCAAUCCCGAGUACACCUCGAAGCAGCCGAGAGAUGGCAUAGUGCCGCGGAUGCCCUGCACCGGGAUCUUCCUCGGACCCAGCAAGAGCGGGAAGACUGUCGCGCUGAUCAGCGCGAGCCUGGAGCAAUAUCGCACGGCGGACGGUUCCAGCGUGUUUGAGCGCAUCUACAUCUUUUCGCCGA